AUGUCUACUACUUCAUCUAUCCAAGGAGUCACUAUUGCAACAACGAAUAAUACGGUGGAGUCUGUCGCCACCGAUUCAGCUCUUUGGGUGCAAAAUUGGGAGGCGAAAAAGUGGUCUGAUGUUGACCUUAAUGAUCCUGUGAUUAUCUCUCUGCCAAACGGCAAGGUCCAUGCAUUUGCCGUCGGUACCGAUUUUACUCUGAACCACAAAUGGUACAGUCAAUCAACAGGAUGGUCAAGCUGGCUCUCCACCAGUAAAAAGACUGCUUCUUCCCCUACUGUCACACAUUAUGGUACUGCUACUGCCAAUACAUUCGCUGUCCUUUUUGUCUCAUUAUUAGACCAUAUCCCGUACGGAGGGAUAAGUACCUCCGAUACUGAUUUCACCUGGACAGCCAUCGGUGACGGGAUUAAGAAGAUAAGAAGUGACUCUCUAGCAGCCCUGGAUCGAAGCUACGACCAAUCCAUAUCGGUAGUCGGCGUUGAACUCACUACAGGAGAGCUUUUGCACACAUGGACUAUAGUAGGUGCCUGGGCUAACAGUUGGGAAUCGCGGGCUGGAGCUGGCUAUUGCUUGAGUAAACCCACCAUUGUGUGUUCCAAAGCAUCAUGUAUCGAUAUCUUCGUGUUUGCAGCAGAUCGCACUUUGAGGCAAUUGACCCACCGAGCUGCUGGCGUUGGCUGGGGAACUGGGCAGAAUCAUGGCGGCUCUUAUGUAAACGAUCCCACCUCCAUCUCGGUAUCUCCUGGCCGAAUUGAUGUCUUUGGAAUCGGUCUUGAUGGUUAUGUUUAUCGAAGUACUGCAACUCUGACCGGGAAUGAGCUUGGAACUUUUACACGGACAUGCGUCGGCGCUCCUUCUAUUUCAUCUCCGAAGGCAGAAAUCAAAUCACCUGGCGUGCUUUCGGUGACUACUAGGAAAUCAAAGGGUGUUUACCAACAGGCUUUUCUUGAGUCUACUACUGGUGUAUGGACGCCCAGCGGUGGCAUGACGGAAAUCGUCCCCCCUGUAGUAUGA